AUGGUUUCGAGGAUUCUAAUCACCGGCUCCUCAGACGGUAUAGGUCUAGCAGCAGCCAAACUUCUCAGCGAACAAGGACACAAAGUAACUCUCCACGCCCGCAACCAAGAUCGUGCCAAUCAAGCAAAAUCUCUCGUCCCAAAAGCGGAAGGCGUUCUCAUCGGGGACCUCACAAGCAUUGCCAGCACGGAAAAUCUCGCAGCCGAAGCAAAUGCAAAAGGUCCUUGGGACACCGUCGUCCACAAUGCAGGAAUCGGCCUCUCAGGCACAGAGGGACAGACUGAAGAUGCAAUGGCCAAAACCUUCCAGGUCAACAGUCUCGCGCCAUACAUUCUGACAAGUUUGAUGGAACGGCCGAAGAGACUGUUAUAUGUUUCUUCUGGUUUGCAUACGGGUGGCGAUGAGAGCUUGAAAGAUGUUACUUGGAAAGACAGACCAUUUCAGCCUUCUCAGGCGUACAGCGAUACCAAAUUGCACAAUGUCCUUCUGGCCAAUGCAGUUGCAAGACACUGGACUGAUGUCCAGAGUUGCGCGUUAGACCCCGGCUGGGUCAAGACGAAGCUGGCUGGUGAUGGCGCACCUGGUACUACAUCAAGUCCAGCGAAAGCCAUCGCAGCCUUUGCCGCUGGUAGGAGUGAUGCCGUUGGUGACCAAACGGGUGUAUACUUUGCUGCCUCUCGAGGGUCGAUUUCACCACAUAAAGCUACACUCCGAGAGGAUAAGCAAGAGGAGUACUUGAGGAUUUGUUCGCAUCUAUCUGGCGUCGAGUUUCCAAGAUGA